AUGUCCAUAAACGAGGAUGAUGUGAAGAAAGAUUCUGAUAAUAAUUUGGGUGAUGAUUUCGAUUAUCAACCGAAUGCAGAAGAUGAUGCUGAAGACGACGAUGUGGAUUCGCUGGAUUCUACUAGCAAGAGUGAAGAAGUUUGUGGUGUAAAAAGAAUAGCAGAUUUAAUGGUGGAGGAUAUUUGGAACCUGGAGUUUAGGACAGAGGAUGAGGCUUGCCAAUUUUAUAAUGCUUAUUCUUGUUGGCAUGGAUUUGUAAUGAGGAAGGACGACGUGGUUAGGGAUAAUCAAGGUAGAAUCAUUAGCAGGCAACUUGUUUGCAACAAAGAGGGGUGGAGGAAUGUGAGGUAUCUUGAUCUGGAUGAUAGACCAAGGGAGGCAAGGUCACUAACGCGAACCAAGUGUCCAGCUCGGCUUAGGGUAAAGCUUGACUAUGGUUGCGGUAUAUGGAAGGUAUCAGGUUUUGUGGAAUCUCACAACCACGAUCUGACGCCACCCCAAUUUGCGCAUCUGAAGGGUGGAUAUCGUCAUGCUGGCUUCACACGCAAAGAUUUGUGCAACCACAUUGAUCGUUAUCGUCAGUCAAAAGUUAAAAACGGGGAUGCCAAUGCGGCAAUAAACUAUUUGAUUGGCAAGUCAAACAACGAUCCGCUGUUCUUUGGAAAGUAUACGUUCACUAGUGACGAAAGGCUCGAGCAUAUUUUUUGGGCAGAUGGGCAGUCAAUUAUCGACUAUCACUGCUUUGGAGAUAUUGUUGCCUUUGAUUCAACCUACAAGAAGAAUAAAUACAACAAGCCUUUGGUCAUUUUCUCCGGAUGUAAUCAUCACGGACAGACUGUUAUAUUCGGCUCCGGCCUACUAUCAGACGAAACCACAGAGACGUAUAAGUGGUUGUUAGAAACUUUUGUUGAAGUGAUGGGUGGGAAAAGUCCUAAAGCAGUAAUAACUGACGGAGACCUUGCCAUGCGAGAUGCAAUCAAGAAUGUUCUUCUUGAUGAGACCCAUCGAUUAUGCGGAUGGCAUCUGCAGAGAAAUGCAUGUGAAAAUAUAAAGAAUCCUAAUUUCCUGCGAGAUUUUAAGUGUCUUAUAUACGACAACAACGACCAAAGAGAAUUUGAUCGGAGAUGGGCAGCCAUUUUGGAUAAGCACAACCUUGUUGGGAGUACCUGGAUGGAAAAGACGUACGAAACUCGUGCGAUGUGGUCCCAUUGUUUCCUACGGGAUAAAUUUUUCGGUUACAUAAGGACGACAUCACAGUGCGAAGGUAUAAAUUCUCUCAUCAGAUUUUGUGUUAAUCGCAAGAACACCCUCAUUGAUUUCGUGCAUAACCUGGAUAGGGCCUUAAAGGAGUAUAGAAACAACGAAUUAAUAGCUGAAUUUAAGUCUCAGUUCUCAGAGCCAGUGAUGAUUACCUCAUUGGAGGUAUAUGAAAAAUCUGCAUCAUGUUAUUUCACGCGAAACAUUUUCAAGGAAAUUCGUAAUGAGAUUCAGAGGGCAGGGGCUUUGAAUAUCAAGGUACUAAGCACAACCUUGGACAAGGUCGAGUUUAGUGUGACUGCUCUCGGAGACCCGGCCAAAGAUCGACGGGUGAAAGUCGAUAGAGGUAAGAAUAUGUUCUCGUGCUCGUGCAAGCUGUUUGAAUCACGUGGUAUUCCAUGUAGUCAUGUAUUCUGUGCCAUGAAGUUCGAAAACAUACUUGAGUUUCCAGAGUCGUUGAUCUACAAAAGGUGGACAAAGAAUGCAAAGAACGAGUUUAUUAGCACAGAAAUGCCUGUGAAUGAUGAUGUCGAAAGGGAUAUUGCAGAUUUUGAUGAAGUCCAGUCUGAAAUUGUCAAUUUAGUUAUUCGCCUACAGUCACGCAAACAAGGCAAGUCAACUCCUAAUGUUAACGUGGAAGGCAUCAACGAUCCCUUUGUUGUCAAAAGCAAAGGAGCCCCUUCCAAGAGGUCUUCUUGGAGGAAGAAGAGAGCAUGCUCUAAUUGCCACAAAUACGGUCAUUACUACAAGCCCUGUCCAGAUCUGAUGCAGCAUAGUGUGGAAGGUAACCCUCACGAUCGAUCAGACGGCAAUGCAUCAGCCAAGGACUCAGGUUUUAGUCCAGAAAGGUUUGCUAAUUGUUCGAUGUCGAUCUCAGUUAAGUCCGAACACCACUCAGGACCUAAGACCAAGCCUUUUAAAAAGGGUGGAACAAGGAAGUUUACAGUGACGGGUAUGAGGAGCCGGAAGGGUAAAGACAACAGUUUUGAUGAGGUGAAGGAGUCACAGCAGGACAAGAGACAUUCAUUCACGAACUAUGAAUGCGUUAAUGAUGUCAUUGAUGAUAAAUGUGACACACGACAUGUGCAUUUCGAUGUCCGAGAUCCGUUACCAUCGUCACUGUCUUGUGGCAACAAACAAGGAUCGUACAUUGCAUUGUUCGCGUCGAUGCAUAGGACUCUUUGA